AUGGCUUCCUCAUCUUCCAAGCUACGCGUUGCCUUUGUGCAUCCCGACCUUGGAAUAGGCGGUGCUGAACGCUUGGUUGUGGACGCUGCGCUCGGCCUGCAGAAGCUAGGGCACGAGGUUGACGUUUACACCUCGCAUCACGAUCCGAACCAUUGUUUCGACGAGACUCGAGAUGGUACUCUACGGGUGCAUGGAAUCGAACCGCCUUUUCCGCGCUCGUUCAAGGGCAAAUUCCACAUCCUCUUCUCCCAUGCCCGCCAACUGCACCUAACGACCUAUCUGCUCCGCCCGUCCUCGCCGAAAUACGAUGUCUACUUUGUAGACCAACUAUCGACAUGUAUACCCUUCCUGCGUGCGUUCGGGCACACGCGAGUUGUGUUUUACUGUCACUUCCCAGAUAAGCUCCUCGCGGACGGGGCGUACGUGGAGGGCAAAGGCCGGAGGAGUGGGAGCAUGCUGAAGAGGAUGUAUCGGUUCCCGAUGGACAGGCUGGAGGAAGUGACAACGAGACAGGCCGAUAUUAUCCUGGCCAACUCGAAGUUCACCACGCGGGUCUUCAAAGAGCACUUUCCUUCCAUUCCAUCGACGCCCAAGGUGGUGUAUCCGGGGAUUAACCUGUCGGCAUACGAGGCGACGGCAUACGAUGCCUCGGAUCCGGAUAUCGUUGAGCUUGCCUCUGAACGCCCGACGCUGCUGUCGUUGAAUCGCUUUGAGAAGAAGAAGAACGCUGCGUUAGCAGUUGAUGCCUUUGCGCUGCUGCGUAAAAAGCGGACUUCAGGCUCAUCUUCAUCGCAGGAAAGUAUGAGGCUGAUUAUUGCAGGUGGAUAUGACCCAAGAUUGGAGGACAAUAUGAUGACCCUCGUCGGGUUGAUCGACCGCGCAAAGGCCAACUCACUGACCUUCAACAUCGUCACGCCUUCCACAUCUCGCAUCACAAUCCCGCCCUUUAACCUAACGCCUUCCUCUCCCGACAUCCUCUUCCUUCUCAACUUCACCACAGCCCAGCGUUCGGCACUGCUGACUUCUGAUGCCACCCUUGCACUCCUCUACACGCCAAUGAACGAGCACUUCGGUAUCGGGCCCGUGGAGGGCAUGGUCUGCGGCCUACCGAUCUUAGCCUGCAAUAGCGGAGGGCCUACGGAAAGCGUGAUCGACUCACCGUUGGAGGAACGGACCGGCUGGCUGCGCCCUCCAGAGCCCGAAGUGUGGGCAGAGGCGUUGGCGGAAAUUGUCUGUCUGUCUGAAGCGGAGCGGACGGCGCUCGCGGAGAGGGCGCGUCGACGCGCGAGAGAGAACUUUGGUAUGGACGCUAUGGCGAAGGGACUCGAAGAGGCGUUGAAGGAGGCGGUCGGGAAGGGCCCCGUCAUGGCAUCGUCCUUGCUGCUUGUAUGCUGGGCUCUGUUGGCAGUUUUCGCAGCUCUCAUUUUGAGAGUGUUUGCCUAG